AGUUACUGAGACAGUGAGAUAAAGAACAGAUGUAAAAAAUCCAUGGAGGUAGUUUUUUCCAAGUCACUUUUUUGACCAACCUGCCGGGAUUGUUUGUCAGGAGGAUUUAGGAGGCUCAGCAAUGGCAUCAAUUAGUGAGUUGCUUGUGAUGACGUUUGGGUCAGUGUUCUUGGUUUGUCUUAUUGCGUUCGUUGCUUCGGUGUUGUUUCUGCAUUACAGACAUUCCAAAUACAGUCAUAUCCCAGGCCCCAAGAGGAGAAGCUUUUUCUUGGGAAACAUUCAAGAUAUCCAAGAAUACACUGAGAAGGGAAAACUGGAUGAUGAUGCCUUGAAGGACUGGGGAGACCAGUUUGGUGAUGUGAUUGUGUUUUGGUUCCUCCAUCAGUGCUUUGUGUAUUUCUAUGAUGUUCGGGCUAUUAAGGAGAUACUUGUGGCGGGUGAUCGACUAUACUCAAAAGGUUGGACCUAUAAUGAUGCUUCUAAGGUCUAUGGUGCACGGUUUCUUGGCUAUGGGCUUUUGACGGAACCAGAUCAUGCGAUGUGGGCCAAACGACGAGACAUAUUCAACCCUGCAUUCAGUCGAAGCUACCUGAAGACUUGUAUUAGUCAGUUCAACGCAAGCUCCGACCUGCUGGUUGAGCACCUUAGUGCUAGUGCAGAUGGCAAGAAGAAUGUGCAUCUCUUGGACCAGCUGAGCAAGGCAACCAUUGACAUUAUCGCAAAGGUUGCCUUCGGAGUAAAUUUCCAUCAGUUUGAUCCUGAGAAGAUAACAUCUUUUAAUGAGGAGUUCAACAUUGCCAUGAAAGGCUUGGAAAAGCAGGUUGCAAAUCCAUGGACUAAGUACAACCCGUCCAAAACGGAACGUGAUUAUCGUGCAAAAGUUCGCCAUGCCAUUGGUGUCUUGCGUGAAACUGGACAAGAGAUCAUAGCCAGUCAGCUAAGCGCUCUUGGUCGGGGGGAGCAGCUGGGUAACAACAUCCUUGCGUUCAUCCUUGAAGCAUCUCAAGUUUCUUCUUCUGGAGCUCUUGACAUGGAGGAUAUGGUGGAUGAAUUUGUAACUUUCUUUCUUGCUGGUCAAGAGACAACUGCUAACCUGUUGGCCUUGACGAUCUUACAUCUUUGUCAGAAUCCAGAAGUCAUGUACAGAUUGAAAACUGAAGUCAAUGCCGUUGUCUCCACUAAAGAGUUCAUCCCGUAUGAGGAUCUGUCCAAGUUGGAAUACACCGUUGCCGUUUUGAAAGAGACCCUUCGUCUAUGUCCCCCUGCAACUGGAACGCUAAGGGUAGCACCAUCGGACUGUGUCAUCUCCAACACCAAGAUACCUGCAUCCACCGUCCUAGGGAUUUCAUUCUAUGCCAAUGGAAGGAAUGGGAAAUAUUGGGAGAACCCGUUGGAGUUUAUCCCGGAUCGAUUUCUUCAUGGCAAUGAAAGUACAUCAGGUGCUUUCACCCCAUUCUCUAUUGGACCAAGAAACUGCAUCGGUCAACAAUUUGCACUGAUUGAGGCUCGUGUUCUCCUGGCUAAGCUUAUCCAGCAUUACAACUUUAGUCUGGUUCCUGGACAGUCCCUGGGCUACAUUUUGGAGACAACAUUGAAACCUAAAGAUGGGUGCCAGAUUUACCUUACCCCAGUCAGCUCAAACCAACAAUAGAUCCUACUCUUCCCUUAGCCGGAAAAAAAGGGUAAAUGGGAAAUUUUCACACAGUUCAGAGAUGCUGAUUUCACCAGGACGUCUCCAGUGUGUUCUCAUAAAACUGUCUAUUUUGCUAUAAGUACAGAUGUCAUGUGUACCAGUUUGGCAUCCAGACUGUUUUUACUUAAUUAUUAUUAGUGUAGAUUUAACCAGUAGUUUUUACAGCUCUACUUCAUACUUUCAAAUACUUUCUGUUCAUGUUUGACACCCUAAAGAAUUAACAAGCAGCACUAGAACUAGGGUAACAUUUUACAACGGCUUACAAGGUGCAUUUUGACUUCCACUGUACAUCAAAGAUGGCGGCCAACGACGCACCGAAAUCCGUCUAUAUAUUAUGAAGGAAAUAAUUAACCGACCGCAACAACACACAAAAACAACUAAAAACAUUAAAAUACCGGAGAACUCUACAUACAGGCAAGAAAUUAAAAUAACAUUUGAAAAGCAAAACAUUUUAAAACAUUAAAGGGACUACACAAUGUACCCAAACCCUUUAAAGCAAUGCAAACAAAAUAUUUAGUAGGAAUGAUCAAUUUUAAAAACUUUACACACUACGGACAACAGGCAUCUUUGGACGAGUACUCUGAUCUCAGAACAGGCAGUUUCAAACCUUUUACAAUAAUGAUAAGCUUUUUGAGAUACCACUAUAGUUAAAUAUUUUUAUGUAUUUUGUAUUUAUGGGGUUUUAAAGGCAGUGGACACUUGGUAAUUCCUGAAAAUAAUUA